UCAUUUGAUGUCGAAUUUCCCCAAAUUGGCGAAAUAGCUAAAGCUCGUCGCCGGGCGAUGGUCAAGCAUGAAGCUUAUCGUUUUAGCGAAGCCAAUUGUUCUGUUUAUAUUGACCGUGAGUAGCACCGUCUUGUUCAUACUACGCUCCCGACCUUCAAAUCAAUCUUCUCCGAGACCAGCGUCAAUGGCGGCUCGAAGCUUCGUUCUCUGGCUUCAUGGGUUGGGCGAUUCAGGCCCAGCCAACGAGCCCAUCAAGUCCCUCUUCACUUCCCCUGAGUUCCGGAACACCAAAUGGUCCUUCCCAACUGCUCCGUCGACCCCAGUCUCUUGCAACUAUGGUGCUGUGAUGCCUUCAUGGUUUGACAUCCACGAAAUUCCUAUGACAUCUAAUUCUCCAAGAGAAGAAGCUGGUCUGCUUAAAGCAGUUCAGAAUGUGCAUAAGAUGAUAGACAAGGAGAUAGAAGCUGGCACAAAUCCUAGUAAUGUCUUUGUGUGUGGAUUCAGUCAAGGAGGUGCCUUGACAUUGGCAAGUGUUCUGCUAUAUCCUAAAACUCUAGGAGGAGGGGCAGUGUUUAGUGGAUGGCUUCCUUUCAAUUCAUCUAUGGUGGAACAAAUAAAACCAGAAGCGAAAAGGACGCCUAUUUUGUGGUCUCAUGGGAUAGCCGACAAUAUGGUAUUGUUUGAAGCUGGACAAGCAGGUCCCCCUUUCCUCGAACAAGCUGGUGUAAGCUGCGAGUUUAAGGCUUAUCCUGGUCUUGGACAUUCAAUAGCCACUGAGGAGCUCAAGCACCUGGAAGCAUGGAUUAAAAAUCGUCUACAAAGUUCUUCUUGAUGGUUUGCGGGAAUGUGACCUUUGAUCCGAUUAUAGUCAUAGGUCGUUGGUGUUGAAUCGUUAUAAACGUGCGAAAUUCAAAACUCGCGGCUAUACUCCGACUCAUAUUUGAUCAUUGUGGCUUGUGUAAAAUUUGCAUUGUCUCGAAUUGGUUUCGGGUGAAACUUGAAUGCCAUAGUAAGUUGCUCGUGUGAACCUUCUUUCACUUA